AUGGCAUCAGAGGAGUUAUCGUUAGUCAAUGAUAGCUCGGCCGUAGCUUUGGCUGAGGCUGUUAGUGCGAACCCGCAGCGCUUGGAAUGCCUCUUAUCCAAGGGACUUUUACAAAGAGACCUGGAACUUUUGAGGGAAGCUGGGUAUUCGACUCUGGAAUGUGUAGCCUAUGCACCACAGAAGAACUUGCUGGUAAUUAAAGGAUUUAGCGAGCAGAAGGUUUGCAAAAUCAAGGCAGCCUGCAAGGAACUAUGUCAUCUAGGAUUCUGCUCCGCACAUGACUAUUUGGAGGCUCGUGGAAACCUGAUCAAGUUUACCACAGGGUCAGUGCAGCUGGACGUAUUGCUAAAGGGAGGAAUAGAAACGGGUUCUAUUACUGAAAUUAUCGGAGAGUUUAAGACUGGAAAAUCACAAUUAUGUCACACACUAUCGGUGACCUGUCAAUUGCCUGUUGAACAGAGCGGCGGUGAGGGAAAAUGUUUGUGGAUUGAUACAGAAGGGACGUUUAGACCGGAGCGUGUGGUUUCAAUUGCAAAGCGCUUCGGGCUUUCACCUUCUGAUUGCUUGGAUAAUAUAGCUUAUGCAAAGGCUUACAAUUGCGACCAUCAGCUGGAACUUCUUGUAGAAGCCACCGCAAUGAUGUCACAAGCUAGAUUUGCACUUUUGAUUGUAGAUUCAGCAACUGCGCUAUACAGAUCGGAUUAUUCUGGCAGAGGUGAACUCUCAACUCGUCAGAUGCAUCUUUGCAAAUUUUUAAGGGCACUUCAACGUAUAGCAGAUACAUUUGGUGUUGCGGUUGUAAUUACAAAUCAAGUAGUCUCAAGGGUUGAUGCAGUAGCAUCAUUUUUUGGAAAUGACAAAAUCCCUAUUGGAGGAAAUAUUAUGGCACAUGCUAGUCAAACACGUUUAUUUUUGCGACAGUCAAAGGGAGAAAGUCGUAUAUGCAAGAUUUACGAUUCUCCAGUUUUGCCAGAGGGUGAAGCAGUUUUCUCAAUAACCGAUGGUGGAAUAUCUGAUUACAAUGAUCAUUAG